AUGGCUACUCCCAUUUGUGCCAACGAGGGUGGUGAAUGCCGGACAAUAUCUGUAAGUGAAUUGUUUCACCGUGCUGGUGAGAUCUCCCACCAGAUCCAUGCGCUCUCCACGGAAGCGUACAAUGAAUUUAACCAGCAUUUUAUUCAAGGUCAACAUCUUAACUUCAGCAUUAUCAAUAGCUGCCACACCUCCUCUAUAGUGACCCCUCAGAACAAGGAAGAUGCAUUACGUACACCUCACAAACGUCUGCUGAGCCUUGUUAUUGCUAUUCUACGCUCCUGGCAAGAUCCUCUACAGUAUGUGAUCUCUGAAUUCAGUGCCACCCAUGGGAAUACCAGCUCUAUACUGAGUAAAUCAGUGAAGAUUGUCAAACAAAUGAAGCGACUCGCCAAAGGAUUGAAUAAGAUAAGUGAGCAGGUUGGACAGCACAGUGGAGCCAUUGAGCAGACUGUGCCAUGGGAACAGCCUUUAGAUGAAGAUGGAGACUCACUCAUAUCGCAACUGUACAAUCUCCUGCACUGCUUCAGGCGAGACACAAAUAAAAUUGACACUUACCUUAAACUGCUGAAAUGUAGAUUCACCCAGAAAUUGAAAUGCUGA